AUGCUCACCGUGCCGUCGUUCGUCGCGUCGCACACAGAGGCCGCCGUGUACAUCGCCGGCUGGUACCUCUUCUCCCUCUCCAUCUCCAUCUACAACAAGUGGAUGUUUGGCCCCAGUCUCGACUUCCACUUCCCAAUCAUCAUCACCGCCUUCCACCAGUUGUGCUUGUUGGUGCUCCUGACGGGCGUGUUGUACGUGUGGCCGCGGUUCCGUCCCGGUGCUGCUAACGUUGCUGCUGUUGCCGCCCCCUUGGCCCUGGCUGGAGCUGGAGCUGGAGCUGGCGCAACCGGCCCGCUGUCUGCCUCGUCGUCGCCCACGUCGUCAACCCCACCGCCCCUGGUGUUGGCGGCGGCACCGCCGCGCUCCUUCCUCGCCAGCUGUAGAAUCCCCUGGUUGGUGUACCUCGUGCACAUCGUCCCCUGCUCGCUCGCGUCCGCCGGCGACAUCGGCUUCUCCAACGUCUCCUUUAAGUACAUCUCCUUGUCGCUCUACACGAUGUUGAAGACGCUGUCGUUGAUGUUUGUGCUUCUCUUCGGGCUCUUGUUCCGCUUGGAGAAGUUCCGAUGGAACUUGAUCAUCAUUGUGGCCGUCAUGACCGUUUCUGUGUUGAUGAUGGUGCUGCUGCCUGGAGAAGGCGCCAGCGCCAGCGCCGACCCUGAUGCUGCUGCUGCUGCUGCCGCCACCGCCGGUGCCGCCACCGGGAUCACCCUUGUGCUUGCCGCGUCGGUCAUGUCCGGACUCCGCUGGUCCUUCACCCAGCUUCUCCUCAAACACAACGAUCACACCUCCAACUCCAUUGCCACCAUCUUCUACCUCUCGCCGGCCAUGAGCGCCAUUCUCUUUGCCAUGGGACUAGUCUUUGAAGGCUGGGGAAACUUCCUCGCGUCGCCCAUCUGGCACCUCAAGGGUGUGCUCACCACCGUCGUGCUCAUGGUGGUCCCGGGCGUCAUGGCCUUCAUGAUGACCGUGUGUGAGUUCAAGCUCCUCUCGGUGGCGCCCGUCAUCACGCUCUCGGUCGCCGGCAUCUUCAAGGAGCUCUUGACGAUUCUCCUCAGCGCCCUCAUCUUUGGCGACCGGCUCCUGUGGCUCAACUGCCUUGGUCUCGUCCUCACCUUUGUCGACAUCAUCUGGUACAACUACUACCGCUACCUGCAGAAGGAGGAGUACGUUGUUCUCCCGGACCACGAGGAUGCGCUUGAAAUGACGCCCCUUGGCCACGACGAGAAGAACAAGUAG